CUUGUUCUCCUGACAAAUAUGGUCCUGACUGUAUCUUAGAGUGUAACUGCCAGAACGGAGGGACCUGCAAUCGAUUCAGCGGCUGUAUCUGUUCAUCUGGUUGGCAUGGACAGCAUUGUGAAAAGUCAGAUCGUAUACCCCAGAUCAUCAACUUGGCAUCUCACUUGGCGUUUAACCUAGGCUCCCAGAUCAUGGCUACCUGCAUAGCAACAGGCAAUCCACCCCCUGUGCGUGAUAACAUUGAACUACGCAAGCCCGAUGGAACAGUGUUAAUACCCACAAAAGCCAUCAUGGAAAAGGACAUGACAACCUGUGAGUUUCAAGUGUCACAAGUGGUCUCUUCUGACUCUGGCCUCUGGGAAUGCCGUGUCUCUACUACCGGGGGACAGGACAGUGGCAAGUUCAAAGUUACUGUAAAAGUACCUCCAGUGCCAUUAUCCCCUCCCAAACUUCUGGCCAAGAAGAGCCAACAGCUGGUGAUAUCCCCUGUGGGGCCUAUUGCAGGUGAUGGACCCCUCAUCUCCAUCAAAGUCCUAUAUAAACCCCAAAUUGGAAGUAGCUGGUCAUCUAUUGAAGCAGUUGAUAACAUCCAGAACAUCACACUGAUGAACCUGCGACCUGUCACAGCCUAUAUUGUAAAGGUUCAGCUAACACGCCCUGGAGAGGGAGGAGAAGGUGCCAUAGGCCCAAGUGCUAUCAUGGCAACAGAUUGCAAAGAGCCAACAGCCAAACCUGUAAUUGAACGUUCAUCUGUUGAAGGGAGCAACAAUCUACACGUAAACUGGAAUUUGCCCAAAACUGACAAUGUGGGGUCCGGAUUUCUUGUCCGUCUCUAUGAUGCAGCCAAAGAGCUUGUUCAUCAAGAAAACGUUACUUCCAUGAUUGUGCAGUCAGCAUAUAUUCCAAAUCUCAAGUUCAAGGAGGACUAUUACCUAGAAGUAAUGGUCUAUCACUGUACCAGUUUGGGACCACCAUCUGAUCUCCACACAUUCAAGAUCAACAGUAAAGGUAACAAAUCUGUCAUUUCUAAAAUGAACAGGAUCUUCUGGAACUUUUUCCACCUUCUAGAGCCAUGA